AUGUCCAACCCUUCCUUUACCAUUAUUUAUUUUCUCUUUGUCUUUCCUUUUAUCACUUUGGUUUUUUUUUCUUCCUUCCUUCCUUUCUUCCUUCCGCCAUUAUUUUUAUUCGCAGAAUUCAUCACCUGUCUCCUUCACUUUCUUUCGACCAUCCUUUUCUUUGCUUUAAAUAACACACUUUCUCUUACUCGGAUAUCUUUUCCUGCCCCUAACAACGAUCCUCUCGUCACGUUGGGGGAUGAUCAAUCAAAACGUAAAAGAAACGAACCAAGAGAUGAUGCCGGGCGUGCGCUCCUCAAACGAAAGCGGCGCUUGUCACUCCUCAAUUUUAAAAUUGAAUAUACAUUUAUUUGGUACUUUACAUUAAAUUUUAUCUAUCUAUCUAUCUAUCUAUCUAUCUAUCUAUCUAUCUAUCUCAUUAAUACAAAUAUACAAUUUUUCAUCCUGGCGGUGGCUUCAAACUGUAAUCUAUCUAUCUAUCUAUCUAUCUAUCUAUCUAUCUAUUCUUAA